AUGUGUCAGAGCAUUUCCCGCGUCGGCCCUUCCCUUCAAUUUUGCUUUUUUAUUCUUUCUUUCUUUCUUUCUUUCUUUCUUUCUUUCUUUCUUCAGCUAGUCAGAUUCUUUCUUUCUUUCCUUCUUUCUUUCUCUAUUUAUUCUGCUAUUCAGAUUCUUAUCUUUCUUUUUUUUCUGCUAGUCAGAUUCUUGCUUUCUUUCUUUCGCUAUUUCUUUCUUUCGCUAUUUCUUUUUUCUUUCGCUAUUUCCUUUUCUUUUUCUUUCUUUCUUUCGCUAUUUCUUUCUUUCUAUCGCUGUUUCUUUCUUACAUCUCAUUCUUUCGUUCCGUAUUUUUUAAAUUCCUUUCCUCCUUUCUUUUCUAUUCCUUUAUCUUUCUUUCUUUCUUCUUCUUCUUCUUCUUCUUCUUCUUCUUCUUCUUCUUCUAUUCUGAUUCCUUUAUCUCUUUCAUGUUCUUUUUCUCUUCAAUUUUCUUUCUUUUCUCUUUUACUUGUUCUUUCUUUCUUUCUUUCUUUCUUUCUUUCUUUCUUUUUCUUUCUUUCUUUCUUUCUUUCUUUCUUUCUAUUAUUUCUAAAAAUUCUUUUUCAAAUUUACCCUCUGCUCCUAGCCUUUGUUUGUAUUCGUACCCAAGGCUAUGUUCUUUCGGCUGUCGGCUAUCCAUACGGCCAAAGCAGCUUCCAUACGGAUGAUAGUUGUAUUACGAGCCGUAACCACUCUCUUUGCCGACUUAUUAAAGGUGAUGGCAACCGUCUUCCUAAUGUUAACCUCAUCCUUCUUGAUGUAGCGAACGGCGGAUUCGUUCACGCUAAAAUUGCGGGCUACGGCAGCAAAAGUUCACCCUUCCUUAAAUAUAUCCAGAAGUUUCACCUUCUCAGCGAUCCUCAUUAUUCUUCCGAACGUUCUAACCACUUGUCCAAAAUUACUAUCUAUCUAUCUAUCUAUCUAUCUAUCUAUCUAUCUAUCUAUCUAUCUAUCUCAGUCUGUUCGCAUCUAUCUAUCUAUCUAUCUAUCUAUCUAUGA